AUGAUUCCAGGUUCGUCGACAAGAGCAUUCCUUGCGAGUGCCCGGCGGGUGGGCGCGGUGAAUGCCUGUGUCUGUGGUGCCAGAGUGGCAGUUGGUGGUGCUGGUGUCAGGGGAUACUCGGUCGGUGGGAAGGUGUUUGGGUUUAUCCGAGAUACACUUGGGUUUGAUCCUCCUCCUCCCGAGGGGUUUCCGACGCCGGAAAACAGAUUUCAUCCGUGGGAUUCGUCGCCGUCUCAGGACAUUCGAACUAGAGCCGCGUUUAUUAAAGCUCGUGGUAAGUGUCCAGUGACUGGCAAGAACAUCAACUUCACAUGCCCUAAAUCAGGCAUUCCUACUCAUCACGACGAAGAGGCGUGGAAAAUGGAUACUGAUUAUCAUAAGAACGAGGUGUGGAAAAUCCUUCGUAAAGUCAAUACUUAUGAACAUGAUUUGAGAAGUGGUCGGGAGUUCCCAGAAUUCGACUUCCCGGGAACUCAGCAGAGUGAAGCAGUAGUCAACUUCUUAAAUUGGGACACUUUUCUCUAUACACGAGAUUUCUAUUCCAUGGACUCAGAGUUCCAUAUGGCUGCUGUCACUAAAAUGUUGAGUUAUCCUAUCACAAUGGCCAGUAUUCUCAGCCUAUACUCGCCCUAUUCAUUGAAACCCAAGGGUCCCUUGACUCUCGAGGGUCUGAAAUCCCUGGCUGCUUUACGAUACACGCUGUUUCCUCAAGACAGAACCCGGUCCUGGCAAGACCGGCCCAUGAGAUUUUUCAUUCUAGGAGCUCGUGCUGAGUCGCAAUUGCCUGCUCAUGCCUGGAAACAAUUAUCAUUUCUUUUGCCAGAUACAAAAUUCGAGAUUGUAUUCAUUGGUCCUGAAGCUGUAUUUGACCGACAAAAACGUCUUUACGUGACAAGUCACAAGAAAAUAACCAAGAGAAUCGACCGGGAAAUGUCGCUGUCCUUUUGUACCGACUAUUUCCAUGUUCUGAACGACAUGCAAGAUUUCAUGCCCUAUGACCCGUAUCUCGACUGUUUCUUCCUUUUCCACCCUGGACUCGGAGCUCCUGAAGCCAUGAACCAGUGGGAAAAGUCGGUGCCCGGAUUGCUGGAAACCAAGUGUGCUAUUUUCGUAACUGGGUUCCACAAAGCUGAUUCCCAGCGCGACUGGGACUGGUUACACAAUAAAUUCGGCGACAAACUCGACGUGCUCCUCGAGCCCUCGACCAAUAUUUUCGGGUCUACCAAAUGGGAGCUCAACGACCUGGCCCCCACGGAGACCUACCAGUUCAACCAACAGCUGUUCGGGUUCCGAGGCAAGCGAUACCAUGCCAUCCGCCAAUAG